UUUGGAAUUUCGGAAAAUCUUUGGCUAGGGAAAAUUGAAAUAAAUUUUUUUCGGAAGAUAUACCAAUCAGGAAUGCUUGGGAAACUUGGAAAAUCCCCAAAAGUUCCCACUCUGGCUUGGAAAAAACUCAAAAAUUCCCACUUCCACUCAAAAAUUCCCACUCAAAAAUUCCCACUCCUUUUUUGUGUCUUAUCCCUCCAUUUAUAAUAUACAGCAUAAAUAUUUAAAGAAAAUAUUUCGAUUUUUGUCUAACAGCUUCAAUUUUUGCUUUACAUAUUAUUUCUUUUAAAAUUAAAAAAAAACUUUUUAAAUUAUAAUAGAGAGCAAUGAACAUUCUGCGUCAUAAAAAAUGGCAUGUACGUACAAAAGAAAAUGUAGCCAGAGUAAGAAGAGAUGAAGCAAAAGCAGCAGAAGAGGAGAAAGCACGGGCUGAAAGAGCAGAACUUGCUGAUCAUGAGGAUCGUAUUCAACGCUUAAGAUCGAGGAACAUUGGCAAUACAUCAGAUGUAGAAAGUGUUAAAGAUAUUUUUGGUGUGCGUGGUGAUUCAAAAGAUGUUAUGGGUGGAACAUCAUCUAGUACUAGUGCAAGUAAUGAACAUCAUGUAAAUUUAUUUAAAGAACUGGAGGAACAAGAACGCAAAAAUUUUGCAAAUGGCAACAAGGAAUAUGCUGCUGAAAAAAAGAAGGAACAAGAUGAUUGGGAGUCAAAAGUUGGGAUCAUGAAGCGUUUUGCCGAGGAUACAAAAGAAUAUUCAAAGGACAAUGAAUGGUGGGAAGGAAUACCCUUAAUGCGUGAACAUGACAAAAAGCCUUCAAAAGUUUCAAAGAGUGAAAAGAAGUUUUUGACUAGUGAAGAACGAAAGGCUAUAAAACUUAAGAAGGACAAGAAAAAGAAGCGGAAGAGUAAAAUAAAAGGAAUCGAGUAUGGUUUGUUUUUUUUGUCUAAAAUUUUUUAA